AUGUUGAUCAAGUCGUCCGUCCUCGCCCUCCUGGCUGUCCAGGUCUUUGGCGCUCCCGCCCAGGAGGCCGAGCCUGAAGCCGCCGCCGCCCCGCAGCUCAACGCCCAGAUCACGGCCACGUUUCCCGACGCCGAGCUCAUCGGCCUGCGCCUCGUCAACGGCAAGCCCACGCGCGCCGUCGUCGAGGUGACCAACAACGAGGACGGCCCGAUCCAGGUCGCCUUUGUCUCGGGCACCCUGUCCUCGGACAAGCCGCUGCCCGACGACGCGCCGCUCUACCAGAGCAUCGUGCACAACCUGACGGCCUCGCAGUACAACCUGCCCGUCGCCGCCGGCGAGUCGAAGCAGGUGCCCUACGCCUUUGCGCUCGACAUGCAGCCCCAGGACGUCCGCGUCCAGCUCAUGGCCGUUGUCACCGACUCAAAGGGCGGCAUCUUCCCAAUCACGGCGUACAAUGGCACCGCGUCCAUUGUGGAGGCCCCUACUAGCUUCCUCGACCCUCAGAUCAUCUUUCUGUACCUCGUCCUCUCCGCCGCUUUCGCCGGUACCCUCUACUUUGUCUACAAGACCUGGAUCGAGGCCCUCUUCCCUCCUGCCAAGAAGGCUCCUCGCACACCCAAGAAGGCCAAGAAGAUUGAGGCUGAUGCCGCCCUCUCCGGCUCCGAGUCCACCGCCGCUGCUACCGGCAGCAGCAAGUACGACGAGCAAUGGAUCCCCGACCACCACAUUGCCCGCCCUGCUGGCAAGCGCUCCAAGUCUGGCACUCCCAAGGUCAAAUAA